AGGUCUGAGGAGAAGAAUGGAUCGCCUGAAAGCCAUGGGAGACAGCUGUUUCAAGCAGGAUGAGUAUAGGGAGGCACUGAAGUGGUACAGAGAAGCCAUGGUCCUUGCUGAGAGUGUCACCAACCUUAAACUGGAUCUCGCACUUCUACACAGUUCUUGCUCAGCUGUCUAUGUUAACUUGGCUGUCAUGGAAGAUGAGGAUGAAGAGGGCAGUCCUUCAUCUUGCAAAGACAUGGAAGAACUACACAGAAAAAAGACCCAGCUUCUAUCCUUGUUAUCUAAUCAUAAAAUACCAGUACAGUCUGAUUAUGAAGAUGACUUGAGCCAGGGACAAGGUGAUGGACCAACCAGUACUUCCCCAGAUAAAACCAUACAGUUGGAUUAUGAAGAUGACUUGAGCCAAGGAGAAGGCGAUGGACCAACCAGUACUUAUCCUGAUACAACUGUACAGUUGGAAUAUAGAAGAUAACUUGAGCCAAGGACAUGGUGAUGGACCAACCAAUACUUCUCCUGAUACAACUGUACAAUUGGAAUAUGAAGAGGACAUGAGCCAAGGACAAGUCGACAGAUCAACCAAUACUUCCCCUGAAACAACUGUACAAUUGGAUUAUGAAGAUGACUUGAGCCAAGGACAAGGUGAUGGACCAACCAAUACUUCUCCUGAUACAACUGUACAGUUGGAAUAUGAAGAUGACUUGAGCCAAAGGACAAGGUGAUGGACCAACCAAUACUUCUCCUGAUACAACUGUACAAUUGGAAUAUGAAGAUAACUUGAGCCAAGGACAUGGUGAUGGACCAACCAAUACUUCUCCUGAUACAACUGUACAAUUGGAAUAUGAAGAGGACAUGAGCCAUGGACAAGGCGAUGAACCAACCAGUACUUCCCUGAAACAACUGUACAAUUGAUUAUGAAGAUGACUUGAGCAAGGACAAGGUGAUGGACCAA